AUGGGAACUGGAGCCGGCUGGGAUGGCAAAGGGGAACUGGAACCGGACGGGACGGCGACGGGAAAUGAGGAACCGGAAGCAGGAAAGGGGGAGCCGUCAACGGGACAGAUGGGAACGGGACAAGGGGAGCCAGGAGUGGGACAGGGGGAGCUGGAACUGUCUGGGAUGGCGGCGGAACACUGUGAACCGGGACACGGCAAACUAGAGCUAGCCGGGUCAGCGAAGCGGCACUGGGAACUAGAACCGAGCAGGACAGGGACGGAACAGGAGGAACUAGAGUCGGCCGGGACCGAGACGGUACAGGGGGAACUAGAGCCCGGGAUGAACACGGAGCAUGGGGAACAGGGACCGGCCGGUACAGAGACAGAACGGGAAACUGGGACCAGCCGGGACAGAGACCGUACAGGGGGAACUGGAGCCGGUGCUGGGACACCGAGAGCUGGGGUCAGCCUGGGCGCCGACAGGACCCUGGGAGCAGGAGCCGGCGACUGGACACCGGGAGCUGGGGUCGGCCUGGGCGUCGACUGGGCUCUGAGAGCAGGAACCGCCGAUGAGACACUGGGAGCAGGGGUCAGCCCCAUGCCGACAGGGCACUGGGAGCCAGAACCGGUGUGGACUGCAGAGCGGAAACUGCAGCUGAAUCCGGCGUGGACUGCAGCACAGAGGCAACAGUGGGAACAGGCGUGGACUGCAGCACAGAGGUGGCAGCGGGAACACGUAUCGUCUUCGGCCACCACUUUUCCACUUACACCGAAAGGGCUCAGAGAGACUCCCACAUGUUCUGCACAAGACUGUUAUGAUCAGCUGGCCAGGCGAGAGCUUUGCAGAGGAAACUGGAAAGCAGCCACAGAUAAGACUGUGUGUGAUGGAACUGAAGACCUAGAAACGAUCCAGAGCCCGUACACUGACACAUCUCAGCUCCGAAUAACUAAUAUGGUCUACAAGGCUGUUUAUGCUAUAGCACAUGCCAUUCAUAAUGCAGUGUGUCAGGAAACACAUUCUAUAACCCAGUGUGACAAACUGAGCAGUAUAGAGUCCAAACAGGUUCUCACUCAACUGAAAAAUGUAAAUUUUUCCCAAAAUGGUUAUGAUGUUUCAUUUGAUGCCAACGGGGAUCCUGUGGCCACAUACGAGUUGGUUAACUGGCAAAAAACUGAGAGUGGCAGCAUUGAGUUGGUGGCAGUAGGGCACUACGAUGCAUCACUGCCGAUGGGCCAGGAACUCCGUAUCAACAGGAACCUCACCUGGGUGGAGGGUGGCACACAAGUGCCUGUGUCAGUGUGCACUGUCAGCUGUCCUGCAGGAACUCUUAAAGUGCUGCAGAAAGGAAAACCCAUCUGCUGUUAUGAUUGUAUACCUUGUCCUGAGGGGGAGAUUAGUAACGCUACAGAUUCCCCUGAUUGUUUCCCUUGCCCCAAAGAAUAUUGGCCAAAUGCAAAGAGAGACACUUGUCUCCCAAAGCCUGUAGAGUUUCUUUCCUUCAACGAGGCCCUAGGAAUCAUCCUGGCUACAUUCUCAGUUGGUGGUGCCUGUCUUGCCAUUAUAACAGCGGCUGUGUUCCACCGUCACAGGAAAUCCCCGAUUGUCAGAGCCAACAACUCUGAGCUGAGCUUCCUGCUGCUCUUCUCUCUGACUCUCUGUUUCCUAUGCUCCUUAACCUUCAUUGGAGCACCCUCUGAGUGGUCCUGCAUGCUGCGCCACAGAGCGUUUGGGAUCACCUUCGUCCUCUGCAUCUCUUGUGUUCUUGGAAAAACAAUAGUUGUGUUAAUGGCAUUCAAAGCUACUCUCCCAGGUGGUAAUGUUAUGAAAUGGUUUGGUCCUCCACAGCAAAGGAUGACUGUAGUAUCUUUCACUUUCAUUCAAGUUAUAAUAUGUACUCUUUGGUUGGUUCUCAGUCCUCCUUUUCCAAUGAAAAACCUAACCACAUAUAAGGAGAAAAUCAUCCUGGAGUGUGCAUUAGGCUCAGCUAUUGGGUUCUGGGCUGUGCUCGGGUACAUCGGCCUGCUGGCUGUCUUUUGCUUUGUGUUAGCUGUCCUAGCCCGGAAACUACCUGACAAUUUUAAUGAAGCCAAGCUUAUCACCUUCAGCAUGCUGAUAUUCUGUGCAGUCUGGGUCACCUUCAUCCCAGCAUAUGUCAGUUCUCCCGGGAAAUUGACGGUGGCCGUGGAAAUAUUUGCCAUUCUUGCCUCCAGUUUUGCACUCAUACUGUGUAUAUUUGCUCCAAAGUGUUUCAUCAUAUUGUUUAAACCUGAGAAAAACACCAAGAAAAAUGUAAUGGACAAAGGUAAAUCUUAA